CCUUCCGCAAAUUCCAUUUGUCUUCAGAGAAAAAUAUCAGUUCCUCAAGAAAAAAAAAAAAAAAAACACUCAACCCCCUUCCCCAGAAGUCACCGAACCCAAGCCAAGUCUCCUUCCCAUCAAUCAAGCUGAGAUCAAUCAAACUAGAACAAUCCGGACCUUCCCCCAAAAUCAACGCAGAUCAGUUUCUUAAAAUUUAAAAUUAAAAAAAAAAAAAAAAAAAUCAACCCAAUUCCAUCGUCCUUCACAGACACGCCUCUGAUGGUUGAGAGAGACAAGCAAAUCAACGCAGAUAAGUUUCUUAAAAUAAAAGAUAAUCAACCCAAUUCCAUCGUCCUUCACAGACACGUCUCUGAUGGUUGAGAGAGACACAGCACGUGAAGAGAUGGGUCAGAAUUCAUUGGUGUACAAAGUUUUCAAAGUAAGAUAUCUUCCAGAUUGUGAUUUUUUACGUGCAUCUUUAGGGAGUAAGCCUUCUUUUAUUUGGAGAAGUAUCCAUUAGGCCAAGGGAAUUGUGGAAAGAGGAGUUCGAUGUGUGGCUUUUUCGGUGCCACUUUAUGUGGCACUAGAAGGACUCAAAUAAAAACUACACUACCAAACAGCCCUAAAUUGACAGAGAUCCGAAAUCUCGUACCAAUCAAUCGUUGUCUUUCUCAUUCUGAAAGUUUUGAUUGGACCAUUUGAACAACAUCUCUCCGUCUUGGACGGACUCAAGGUCUCACACUCAAACCGCGUUGUUUACCCGCAAAAGCAAAUACUCUGUCUCUCUCUCACUUCAAAUCCCAUCUAUAAAAGUAAGCUCUCUCUAUUUACAAAAACCACUUGUAAACGUUUUUUCUCUGUUGAAUUUGAUAUUAUCUAGGUGUCAUGGAUACCCCAUUACCCUUCUCUAAAUUAUCCUUUGGAUUGAUUGAUCAUGAAGAUUCGCCUGGAACCACACCCAAGGAGAAGGUGUAUGUGGUUUUAGUAGCGAAUGGAAGCUUCAAUCCGCCGACUUAUAUGCAUUUACGCAUGUUUGAGCUGGCAAGAGAUGCGCUGAAUGCAGAAGGCUAUUGUGUUAUUGGAGGUUAUAUGUCACCCGUUAAUGAUGCAUACAAGAAAAGGGGCCUUUUAUCUGCUGAACAUCGUCUACAGUUGUGUCAUCUGGCGAGCAAAAGUUCUGAAUUUGUAAUGGUUGACCCAUGGGAGGCAAGACAAAGUACCUUCCAACGCUCUUUAACUGUUUUAUCCAGAGUUAAGAGUAUUUUAUGCGAGAGUGGGCAGGUACCCAAAGAAUCCCUUAAGGUUAUGCUUGUCUGCGGUUCUGAUCUGCUCCAAUCUUUUGGCAUUCCUGGAGCCUGGAUUCCAGAUCAAGUCAGGACCAUAUGCAGAGAUUAUGGUGUGGUUUGCAUUCGCAGAGAAGGACAAGAUGUUGAGAAAAUUAUCUCUGAUGAUGAAAUUUUGAAUGAAUUCAGGGAUAACAUUAAAGUUGUGGAUGAGCUUAUACCAAACCAAAUCAGCUCAACAAGAGUAAGGGACUGCAUUUCAAGAGGGUUGUCGAUAAAAUAUCUGACUGCAGAUGAAGUGAUUGAUUAUAUAAGAGAACAGCAUUUGUACCUGAACUCAGAUGAUAAGUGAUGAUCUCUUCAGCAUCAUAUUAUACUGUACAUAAUUGAUCAUCAUCUGUAAUAACCAUAGCAUAGGUAUAUAGUGCCAUGUGCCUAAUUUAUUUUAAUUAAUAUUGGAUAAAUAAUGAUAGAGAUAUGUAUUAUUUAUUCAAAUAAAUUAGUUUGGAUUAGGAUUAAGAAUAGUUUUAUUGAUAGAUAAUAGGUAUUUUUUAUUAUUUAUUUUUAUCUAUUUGGAAGUUUGUAUAAAUUCAAAUGUUGACCAUGAAUAAAAAUAGUCAUGAAUUUUUGAAUAAUAGCUUGUACGUCUGAACU